AUGUGCUUCGUAGAAGAUUGCAGCCAGUGGGAUCUGCAAGCUCUGAUUGACGCAGCUCGUUACCUCAAUGUGCUCAUCGCAUCUGACGAGUGGUCGUUCAUGCUCAUAAGUGGUGGAUUCAUAAGCGUGGGAACGUUCUGUUUCCUCAGUGGCUUUUUCCUGGGCCUUACUGUCAGCAGGCAAAAGAGAAGCGGGCCGAUUGCGUUCAUCGUCGGCGUGAUCAGGCGAUACAUCAGGACGGUCAUCCCAAUGUUCUUCAUCAUCAUGUGCUUAUACUUGACGCCACGAUUCGUCUUGGGACCGGACACUAAAUCCUUCUUCCAGAAGCUCUACAAGGACGUUGGCCAUCACUGGUGGCACCUGCUCCUUAUGAUAAGAAAUUUCGUCGAGAUUACUAUAUGGGAUGUGCUUCCCCAUACAUGGUACCUGUCCACAGAUUUCCAGCUCUUUGUCAUAUCGCUCGCGGUACUGCUAGCUUUCAAAAGGGUCAUGGCCAAACUGGUCAGCGAAUACUACAUACGACCGUACUAUCACGCCGUCUGCUACUUCAGCGGGUGCAUGACAUACCUCCUGAUGGACGACUUCAAGGAGCGAAACAUUAGCAAAAUUGUUCAAGUGAUCGGUUGGCUGGUGUCAUUGACGUGCGCCCUGGUGUGCGUAUUCAUGAAACUAGCCUGGUAUCGAAGCCCCAAUCCAACGUCGGAAGCGCUGAAGCUGCUCGCGUCUUUCGUCGAUCGGAUUCUAUGGGCGGUCUCCCUCAGUUGGAUCACGUUGGCAUGCUCCUCUGGGCGAGGAGGUGAGACUCUCUAA